UAAUACGGUAAUAUUACUAUGCAGAGACAUUAAACUAAUAAGCUCAACAGACUGCACUUGUAGCACAAAGAAAUGUAAAAAGACGCAGAUCGUGUGUGUCAGUGCCAUAUUAAUUACUGGUGCCAAUAUAAAUUGCAAAUUGCGAAUUUUCCUUUAAUGUGUGCGUGUGUGUCUGUGUAUGACAAGUAAAACACGCAAAAACUCGAACAGCGAAACAACUAAAAAGAGUUCCUGUUCCGGCAGCAGAAACAACGUCGCCUAGGUGAAUGCCGAAAAUGGACAACGAGCAGCCCCAUCAGGAGUUAGUGAAGUGUGUGCUGGUAGGAGACACCGCAGUGGGCAAAACGCGGCUUAUAUGCGCCAGAGCUUGCAACAAACAUGUAUCGCUGUCCCAGCUGCUCUCCACGCACGUGCCGACAGUCUGGGCAAUCGAUCAGUAUCGUAUAUACAAAGAUGUGCUGGAACGCUCUUGGGAGGUAGUAGAUGGCGUCAAUGUUUCGUUAAGGCUGUGGGACACAUUCGGUGAUCACGACAAGGAUCGACGCUUUGCCUAUGGCAGAUCGGAUGUGGUGCUGUUGUGCUUUUCCAUUGCAAGUCCUAUUUCCUUGCGCAACUGCAAGGUGAUGUGGUAUCCGGAAAUACGUCGCUUUUGUCCAGAUGUGCCUGUUGUGCUUGUUGGUUGCAAGAACGAUCUGCGAUACAUGUACCGCGAUGAGAACUAUUUAUCCUAUUUUGGUGAAAAGGGCACAUUUGUAAGAGCAGCCUUAAAGAGCGAUCUGGUAAUGCCGGAUGAAGCGCGUGCCGUUGCCAAGGAACUGGGUGUGAGCUACUAUGAAACCAGUGUCUUCACCUACUUUGGCGUCAAUGAAGUCUUUGAGAAUGCCAUACGAUCGGCGCUAAUAGCACGCCGCCAGCAGCGCUUCUGGAUGACGAACCUGAAAAAGGUACAGAAGCCGUUGCUGCAGGCGCCUUUCCGGCCACCGAAGCCACCACCACCAGAGGUUACGGUUAUGGUUGGUCAUUAUCGCCAGGACAUUUACAACAUGUUCCUUUCACAAGCCUAUGCCGAUCUUAUACUGGUCGUGGGUGUCACCAAGUUUGCCGUGCACAGAUUUAUGCUGGCUGCUGCAUCGAGCAUCUUUCAACGCAUGCUGAACACAGAGAUGAGCGACAUGGGUGGCAGAAGCAGCAGCGAAUCGAGCAUGGUGAGCUCUACAUUUGGCGAAGCCACCAUAGCCGACUUCAAUGACGACACCGAGUAUCUUAUACGCUAUGAGUCACGCACACAACGCAUGUGGGAACACCUUAAACGGCGCUCCAGCUAUCAGGCCCUGCCCCUGGUAGAGGCGAAGCGCAUCAGUGAUUUAAAUCGGGAGCUGCAUCAUCCUGUGCUACAGAGUCUGCGCCAGGUGCAUUUGGAAACACAGCGCGGCGUAAGCUCCGUACAAACAAUUGUCACGCUGAGCAAGCUCAUCUCUCCCCAGGCUUUGCAUCAAUGCCUUAGAUUCAUUUACACAGGCACCAUUGACAAGGACUGCACCAAUCUGCAGGAAAUUAGAGAAGCUGCCGAACUAUUAGAACUGCCACAAUUAGCCGUGUUACUUUCCAGACCCCAGAGCGUUAUGGACAGUCCCAGUGAUGAGCCAAGUCCACAUAUUAGCCUUCGCAUAAAAGAAAGCAUGGAAAGGCAUUGCAUCGGCGAUGGCUGCUUUAGCGACGUAACCUUUGAGCUGGACGAUGGUCUUAUGAAGGCACAUCGAGCUGUUCUGGUGGGUCGCUGUGAUGUUAUGCGUGCCAUGCUGCUGGGCGACUUUCGGGAGGCACACUCCAAUGUGAUUGUUUUCCCUGGCGUAACGAUUUACACAUUCCAUAAGCUGCUGUGCUAUCUCUACACAGAUCAAAUUCCGCCCAUCUCAGCGGUUAAAUGCCUCAAUUUGCUGGAAUUGGCCAACCGUUUGUGCCUGCCGCGACUUAUUAAUUUGAUUGAGUGUCGCGUUAUCGAGGAUCUCACAAUUAUCUCCCAGAAUGAAACAAAUGAAACAGUAGAUCAUUGCCUUAGAUUGCUAGAGCCAGUUAAGCUGCAUAAUGCGCAUCAGUUGGCCGAGUGGUGCAUGUCGUAUCUCUGCGUGAAUUACAAUGUCAUCUGCAAGUUUUCAUUUAAGGGCCUUAAAGCGCUGCAUCAGGAUAAUCAGGAGUACUUGCGUGAGCAUCGCUGGCCGCCAGUUUGGUAUCUGAAGGACUAUGACUACUAUCAACGCUGCAUCAACGAGUUAAACAAGGAGCUUAAACAAAAGAACCCACGACGUGAUUUGCCCAGCGACGAUGAGGGCUGUUUAUGCUUCACAGGAGUGUUCUCUUCCUGGCUGCUAGGUAAAUCGAAGCGUAAUGGCGACGCCAACGCCAUCGGGCACAACGGUGAAAGUACGGGCACAACGACAGAUAAUCAAAUCUUCAAUAGCACAGCCAAUUCAAUGAACCACAUCGACCUAGAGGCUGACAUCGAUCUGAAUCUCUGACACCCAGCCCUCGGGCACGGCAGAUCACUGCGAUUUAUUGUGAUUCUGCCGGUGCUGAUUUGUUUCAUCUGUACAAUUUUAAGUAUUUUAAUUCUUUUCCAAAUUCACACAUAACAAUCGCCGUUGGCUAACAGUUCGAUGUGGCGUGUCUGCCUCUGACAUACGACGCCAGCCCAAGGGCAGGAGGAAGAGAAGGAGGAAGGAACAGAGACAGGGAAUAUGCUGCUACUCGCAUGAUCUGCUUCAAUUAUGCCUAACCGAAGUGCAAUACAAUACACAUGUGCAUACGUAGUAUGCACUUGUUUAUAGAUCGUAUCUCGUUUUUUUUGUUUUUGUGCGCACUUUAAAUGCAGAAAUAGUUAAUAAUUAACAAUAUGCUGUAAUCAUACAAUAUGUAUGUGUAUGCUUUUAUCGUGUGUAUGUGUGUGUGUAAUGUAUCUAUAUUGAAUUCCAAGUUAGGGAAACAUUUGUCUAGCCAUAUAGCUUAUAAGCAAAACAACUCUUGACCUAAGAACGUAUUUUGUACAAAAUGAAUUAUAGAAUAAAGCAAUUAUGGACAAUUAAACAAUUAAGCUUAAGUAAAACC